AGCUGCUCCCUUUUAUACUGUUCCAGCCGUUGGAGCGUGCCCAGUGCGGCUAGGGGGCGGAGCUUCUGCUCACAAGUUCUUAAUCCCUCCUGGCCCUCUGUGAGGUAUGCCCACCCUGUCACAAAGGGACACGUUAUCGAGGCUGGUCAGGGCCAGAAAACUAGGAGGAAUUUCUGAGGGAUCUAACUCCAGUAGGUGAGUGAUUAACAGGACGACAAAUAUAAUGAGGACAAAUGCAAAAUAAAAGGGAAAGGUCUUGAGUUGGAAAUGAAUACGGAGACGAUUAUUGUGCCUUUGGGAUAAUCCGUCGUAAAGGAGACAGCGAAGAGGAGGAAGGAUAAAAGACUAUGAAACACAGAUCGUAGGGAUGGAAGACUUCAGUUCUCCUGUCCCACAGAGCAAGGGGCAUGCGAUGAAAUGAAAAGGUGGCCAACCGAAAAUUGAUCCAUGGACAUCGUUUUUCCUAUGACCUGUAAUUCGACUGCGGAACUCUCUGGCAUAGGAAGCUGUUAAGGCCAAGAAUUUAGGACUCGCUGAACACAGAGCCGACAUUAGUGGGAUAAUCCUUAGAUCCAGGGUUGAGUCAUCAUUACCGAUAACAAUGCUGGUGGGGACGUUAAACCUGACAACUGGGACCGGAAGUGGCAGCCCCCGGCUUGCCUGGCUCCAGCCCCCAAGUCUUUGCGGUUUCUUUUGCAGACGGAGCCGACGAAAGCUUGUGCCGCAUUGCCCAUUUUGAAGCUGGCCGGAUGACCCCUGAGCGACCCACGAGCAUCAACCGCUUUUUUGCCGUCCUGAAGAAUCCCAGCUUCUCCCAGCUUGGCGUACUUUGGAGAAAGCUACGGUCGGCCUUAACAUUUAUCCCCAUCCAUUCCCUUGUGCUGAUCUACCGGACGCUCAGCAUGGCAGACGUCACGCUCCACCUCUACCUGAUACCUAAUGACCACUCACUGAAGAAGGCCAUUGAAGAAGAAGAAACAACGUGGAAAUCAACGCAUGUGCCCAAACCUCCUCAGACCAACCCUCUGUACUUUGGGUCUCGGUACCAGGUGUCCGGUUUGGAAAAUCUGGAGAUCACGCCAGCGCAACUGGACUUCUGCUACUGGAGCCCCGGGGAGCAGCAAUCGUUUGUGGAGAUCUACACCCGGGAAAUGAAGAAGGAAAUCCAGCUCAAGGUGAAGGGCCAAGAGGACGGCAGCUUGGUCUGGGAGACCUUGGUGAGGCCAGGGGAUGUAAGACUUCCUGCUUCGCCCUCCAUCGGGCUCCCAGGGGCGGCCUUUGUGGAGAAGCACCGGCUGCAGCUCCGCGAUCGAAUGGGGCUGCUCGACUCCAUGCUGGCCCGCUUCCGGGACGCCCAACUCCUCAACAGCGAGGAAGAGGAAGAGGUGAAAAGCCACCAGACCAGCAAACGGCGGAACGACGCCUUACUGCAGCUGGUGGAGAGGAAGGGGAUUCGGGCACAAGAGAAGCUGUACCAAAUCCUCCGGGAGACAGACCCAUGCCUCGUAGAGGACUUGGAGGCAUCCCAGUAGGGUCAGGAGAACUUCCUCUUGGCCACAAGCACUGAGGGCUACUGCCGUGGCCAGUCGUCACGGAGAAAUAUGUUUGAGGAGAUUUGCAAGCCACGCCACUGGGCCACCACCACGAGGAGUCGGAAAUCUGUGGGGAUUCCCCUGCAGAGCGGACCCUCUGACACGUGGCCAUCAGGCCUCACCGAAAGCAGCCCUGACUCCUCGUCCAGUGCCGUCACUGUUAGGCCUCCUUUCCUAGCACAGGCGCUGCUGUGGAUGCUCUGGAGAACGUCCAGCGGAGGGCAACCGAAACGAGGAGAGGUGGAGGGAUCUGGGCUUUUUUGGUCCACAGAAGAGCGGGAGGGGAUUGGAGAGCAGCCUUCAACUCCCUGAAGGGCGGUUCCAAAGAGGAUGGAGGGAGGCUGGAGAUGGCUGGCAGAACGAGGAGGAGGUCUAGGUUGGAGAUGAGGAAAUAAUUUCCCGAGGAGGGUGGGGAAGGCCUGGAACGGGUGGAAUCUCCAUCUCUAGAGAUUUGGAAGGUCCAACGUGACCAAGCCAUGGCUGAGAUGAGUUAGGGUGAAGGGCGGGAAAAUGGGCCAUUGGGGCCGAAACGGGGCUACCACCAUGGCCAACGGCAUGACGGCUGUUGCCGUGGAAAUGACUCCCUGGCAACAGGAACCAUGAAAACAGCGUGGACUCGCCAUCCCUAGAGGUUUUGAAGGCCCGGCUUGACCAAGCCCUGGUUGGGUUGAUUGAGUUGGCUUGGGCUUGCUUUGGACUUGAUGACCUCCUGAGGUCUCUCCCAACGCUAGGCUUCUACGAGUCUACUUUCAACAGCUUUCUUUGUCGGAGGCUGCACAGAGAGAGACCCAUAGAAAUCCAUUCCUGUGAAGUGUUUUGCCUAAGGUAGAUCUAGAAAAGUGAUUCUUCCCCUUGAUUCGGCUCUGGUGAGGCCACAUCUGGAGUGGUGUGUCCUGUUCCGGGCCCCCCGCUACAGAAAGGAUGUGGACGCAUCAGAGAGGGUCCAGCGGAGGGCGACCAAAAUGAUGAGGUGGCCUGAGCAGACGACCUAUGAGGAGAGAUUGAGGCAUUUGGGUUUGUUGGGGCCGAAAGGGGGCUACCACCAUCCCCAAAGGCAUGACCGCUGUUGCUGUGGAAAUGUCUCCCUGGCAACGGGAACCAUGACAACGCCGUGGACUCUCCAUCCCUAGUGGUUCUGAAGGGCCAGCUUGACCACACCUUGGCUGGGAUGACUGAGUUGGGGUUGGUUCUGCUUUGGGUAGGGGGUUGGACCCGAUGACUCUUGAGGUCUCUUCUACCCCUAGGAGUCCGUGACACCUGUAAGAACUUUUCAGUAGAGUCAUGCCUCAUCUCAAGUACCACCUCCUUCGCUCCUCUUCCACCCAGUCUCGCUUUUAGAGACCAGACUAAAGUCUUCCUCUCUUCGGACAGUCACUCUCCCGUAGGACUCAGAACGUGAUCCGUUCAGCAUUGGGGGAUUCCGUGUUUAGCCCUCAUCGUGGCAGACAGAGAGACUCCUCACCGAACUAAAACCAAACGGCCGCUGAUAUCCAAGCGAUCGUGACUUCAUCGCGUUGAUCAUGUGCCAACAGGACGGUACUUCUGAAGGGUCCACUUCAGAAGACUACUCGAGAGUCGUUGUGGGUCGUUCUUUGAAAACUUCCACUCAGUGUGAAGCGGCUGGCAAAAAAAGCCAACAGAAUGUGCAAAAUCAUUAAAAAAAGGGAUAAGAGAAUUUACUGCCUCUACAUAAAAUCGUGGGAUGGCCACAUCAUGAAUAUGGGCGUACAGAUGUGGUCUCCUCAUCUCCAAAAAGUUAUAUUGGCAUUGGAAAAGGUUCAGCAAAGGGCAACAAAAAUGAUUCAGGAUUUGGAGCAGGGAUCCAUAUGAAGAGAGAUU